AUGCCGAAGAUUGCGUUUGUACCUGCAGACGGACUCGGAAGGACCAGGGCCGAGCAUCGAAGGCUGAUUAGGAGCCACUGUAUGCGGGGGAAGAACAAGAAGAAAUACAGGAACACGAGAGACGUGGGAGACCACACCGACGUCAUUACCCAACAGUUGCCGGUAGAUAUCAGCGUGUCUCGGGCGACCAGCGCGGCAGAGAUUCACAGCCACACGGUGUCGGCAAGACCGGCCGUAUGGUCAUCGGCGGCAACAGGGUACACGCUCCCAUCGCCUGAGCGACCACCAUCGGUCUUCUCACUCCUCACCUUUGCCCGGGAGAUUGACGAUCUGUCGCGUGAACUCCUCUUUAAAUAUUUCUUCGUUGCGCGAGAGAUUUUCUACCCGAUACAGUUCUGUGUUUACUCCGACGCAAGCCUCUUCAUCUGGUUCGAGUGGCUGUUUUAUGAUGUGGCGUACCUCGAAGCCGUGCUGCUCGGCAUGUCUGCCAUGGAUGACUUCUAUCGACGGGCGCCGCCAUCCAAGUUGACCUAUUCGUCUCUGAAGGCUACAAUCCAUGCCCUCAACAAGCGUUUGUCAGAUCCCGACCUGUGCCUCGCGGACUCCACCAUCGCUGUUGUUAUGGGUCUCGCCGAGCUCGCCGGGAUCUUAUCCGACGACGCUGCAGUCAAAGCGCACGUCUCUGGCUUCCAGAAAAUGGUUCGCCUUCGAGGCGGUAUCAGCGCUUUUGCUCACAACAAGAAGCUGCAGAUCAAGAUCGGAAGGUUCGACUUAAUCCACUCCCUUGGCACAGGCAACCCACCUCAAUUCUUCAUGGACCCAAUAUCGUGGUGUCCCAUCUUUGGACUUCUUCAUAGACCCAAUAUCGUGGUGUCCCAUCUUUGGACCUCCAUCGUCAACCAGCACCCGCUCAAGUUCCAGUGUUGA